ACCUGGCACAGGUACAGCUCAGAUUAACUGGUUUACCUGACUAAAGCAUAAUAUAAGACUUGCUUUGUGUUUCAGAGGUGUCUAGAGAUGGAUCCAGAAAAACGAGCUCAGUGUUCUGAGCUUUUACAGCAUCCUCUCUUCACACAAGACACUUUCCAUAUCAGAUUUUUAGAUGACCUAAAUGCCAAAAUCCAAAAGGAGCACAGAGAAAACUCCACACUUCCCCAAAUUACCAAAAUCCCAAGGUCGGAUACGAAUAAGAGAGAUGAGAAAAACUGUCGAGGCAAAGACAAGAAACAACCUGAAGACACAGAUGAGAGCGUAAACAAGGACAUAAUAGAUAAACCAAAAGGAAAACAACCUUCAAAAUUAUCCAAAACCAAUCGUAACACCACAGAAUCUCUGUUGUCCACACAACCCAAAACAUUUGGCAACAAGAUAAUCCACAACACCACACAGUGCCCCACGAAAACUAAACCAGAGAAACUCACCAGUGCAGAGAUAAAGAACGAGUCAGAGGCUUCUAAAACAACUAAAACCUUUAUUUCCAAGCCACCAGAUGAAACAGAGGCAGAAGUGACCCUAAAGAAGAAAAACUUAACAACAACUAAAUCAAAACAAGAAAGUGUUACGCCUCCAGAACCGAAAAAAGACCUCCCACAAAACAUUGAAGACAAGAACUGUUGUGGGCCAGAUCCAGAGAAGAACACAAGUUUAUGCAAACCUGAGCCAACCCAAGAGUUUCUAAAGAGCUGGAGCAACCCAACAAUGAAAGUGUCGAACAUGGCCCCUGCGAUGUUUCAUGACUCAAAGCCUUACAAAACGAGUCCUGUAGCAGAAUUUCAGUUUGACCAACAAGAAGAUGCCUCUAAAAGUCCUAAGGUCCUACCCAAGAACCAAAAGACUACCACAAACAGCAGUCCAAAACCCAACACAAACAUCCUCAACAGUUCUUCCAAGACUUUUCCUUCACAUCUUUCUGAACAGCCAUCCACAGAAACCACUUCUACCCACAACACCGCUGCCGUACCUAAAGAACUCUCAAGCCUGAAAAUUUCUAAGGUAGAGUUCACUUCAAGAGCUCUUUCAAAAGACAGAGAACUUAUAGACAAAAGGGACUUUAGGUCUUGUCACGGGUACUUGAAUCCGGUGACAGAAAUCCCAGAAGGUGUGGUUCUUUUGUCCCAAACUUCAGAUGGAUCUUUUAAAGCUUCUGCAGGGCAGAACACCAAAGUGGCUAAAGAUGACAGAUUUACUUUAAAUUUGGUUGGAACAGCUGUUGUGAAAGUGACGAAUAACUCAGAAAAAGAGAACCAAGAGGAUUUGGCUUCUCAGUUAGUACCUAUCAGUUCUACUAAUCAACCAGUGAAGCCAACCCUGAAGGCUUAUGGAAACUCAGGUGCCUCAGAAUCCGAUGCAGAUUCCUUCAAAGUUCCUCACCCCAAACAAAACCCACUGAAGACCCACCAGCACACGAGGUCCUCUGUGAUCCCCAAAACUCAAAAACCAACACCGGCUCCGGACCCAAAGAAGAAAAGUGACAGAAAUGUUCUGACGACAUCCAGAGAUUCGACUUUGAGCUUGACUUUAGACCACAAAGCUUCAACAGAAGGUUUCAAGACCAACAUUUCAGACGUCAGCGCACCGCGAUCAUCCACACCGUCUCCUCCUCUAUCUUCUUCUAAUCCUCUGCUGCUUCCUCCAUCCUCCCAACUCAUGACCUCCCUCUCCGUCUUUAAUAACCCAGCUGCCGGCGACUACCUUGUUCAGGGAGCUGGUUUCACUCCUGGGACCAACAGUCUCAGAUGUGUGGAUUACAGUGGAACUCGUGAUCGACCGAAUCAACAAUUCGCUGCCAGCAAACUUACCGGAUCUUUCACCGUUCUGGCGUCAGAAAACAGUUUUAUCAGUGAAAUGGCCAAAAACAAGUCGCAUGUUCAUUUUCCAGACAUAAGAAGCUCAACGCUGCUGGAGCUCAGAGAGAAAGAAGGCAAACACAACAAAGGUGCAAUCAAGAACCUGAGGAAAGACAAAAACCUGGUCUCAUUCAGUCCACCAUCAGAAGGACAAGGACACAAGUCCUACACAAGCACAACAAAAUUAUAAAGGAACGGCUGUGUUUUGAUUUUAUUCUUUAAUCUUC